AUGGCCAAAGAGGAGUCAAAGAGCCUCUUUGCGACCCUUCAGUACCUUGGACGGGGGCAGGGGGAGACGUCUGAGACAGCGAACCUUACCAGCAGCGGUGGCUGCAGCUGUUGUGGGCAUCCAGUGGUGGUGAUGGCAAGCCGUUCGCCUCAGAGAUCGAGGCUUUUCAAGCAGCAUCUGGGGGUUCCUGUUGAGCUCAGGCCUUCAACGUACGAGGAGGCAGCCGCUCAGCAUGCGAGCGACUGCCGCAAGAGCAGUGUAGUUGUGGCGGCGGAUACUGUGGUGGAUCUGGAGGGGUCGCUGCUAGAGCAGCCCCGCGAUGCAGCAGAGGCCAGGGAAAUGCUGCGCUUGCUGCAAGGCAACUGCCACUGGGUGCACACGGCUGUCUGUAUAUACACUCGGCAGACUCUGAGAAGAGGCGCUGCAGCGGCUUUUGUGCGCUCAACGCGGGUGGAAUUCAAGCCCCUUAGCGACGAGGAUAUCGAGGCCUACGUCGCCUCUAAAGAACCUCUUGGAAAAGCCGGAGCAUACGGCCUACAGGGCGUGGGUGGCUGUUUUGUUGCAUCCGUAAAUGGCUGCAGCCAAAACGUUGUAGGUCUUCCAGUAUCUGAUCUUGCUGCUGCUCUCACUGCUCUUCACUCUAGAGGCCUCCUUUGA